CGUUUAUUUAUGUUUUAUUUUAUAAUUACUAAAAUGUAAAGUUUAAUUUAAAACAAUACGAUAAAUCCAUUAAAAAAUGAGUGAAUUUAUAUUUAAGAAAAUGAUUCUACGACGUAGAUUUUGUAAACGCGUUAUAGUUGUUGGAAUAGUGUUUAUCGCAUCAUUCUAUGGGAGUGUAUUGCUGUUUGGUAACUUCAAAGGGCCCCAGAUAAUGCAAAUAACUAAUUUGGAUCGUUGCCCAGCAUGUUAUGGUGUAACAGUGUGUCCAGAACUUUAUUCCAAUCAAAUAAUACUGGACAGUACGCAUUGGUCGAGUAUGUUUAAUGUAAGGAACAUUUUCUAUGGCUACACGAAGUCAAAUCGAAGAGUCGUGUUAAAGAAGCUCGCACACGAUUGGGAAUUUCGUGAAUUUGACGAGAAGAUCUGCAAACUUAUGAAUCUCAGUGAAAGUUGUAACGUCAAAGCCUUAUUGAAUAUAUCAAACAUUGACCAAAAAGUUAUUGAUAUAGUUCAGUAUAAUCUAUCUUGGCCGGAUACAGAACCAAGGAAAGGCAUAGUUUUGUGUCCAUAUGCAUAUAGUAUUUAUGACUUGUUGCAUCCACUGUUGAACAAUCGUAAUGGAAACUAUAAAUCUGAAAUGAUUAAUAUCUGGACAAUGUUGAAUAUUAACCCAGAACCCAUUUUAUUACAGGUGCUCCCUAAAACUAAAGGGUGGCCUGUGCCUGCCUAUGGGGGUGUGUGUGGUCGUCUCGAAGUGGUGGCAUAUGAGGGAGAAUCUUUAUCAGCCCUUACUCAUAUCCCUUGGCUCAAGAAAUUGAAAUAUGCUCAAAAAAUUAUUAGUGCUGCUAUGGAUUUCACCUUUAAGCAUGAUAAAUUCCGUUUCUACCUAAUGGACUGGUCUCUAGACAAUAUAGUGGCAAAUGAAAAGGAUGAGGUUAGCUUUGUAGAUCUAGAAGAUGUAGUCAUACUUGAUAAGAACAUAUCACCAAAGAAAGACCUGCCAGAUUGGUACCAACGCUACAGCAGAGAAGUUUUAGGACCUGGCUUCACUUUUUCUAUUGAGAAUAUGUGCAGACAUCAUCUCAGUGAUCAUAAUAUAUGGGCUGCCUGCUACGUCCUAGCUGGUGAUGAAAACCCAUUUCUUUAUCCUAUACCCAAGGUUAUAAACGACACAAGGCCACAUUUUGAUAGGCUCCUGCAUAGCUGUCUGAACGGAGAUGAUAAAUUUCGCACGGCUGGCAAGUUACAACAUGUAAUAGAAGAUAUGUUGCUAGAUGAAAAAGUCAUUGCGUUGGGUGCGAUAAGAUAAUUUUUUUACGUUCUGAAUACUUUUUUUUUCUGUGAUAUUAGGUUGUAUGAAUCUGUACUCCAAGCUUCGUAAAAUCAAGAAUUUUGUAAGCGCCAACAAUACAAAAUUUUAUUUAUGGUUGUGAAUAAUGGUAUACAAUUUUUGUUUAUGCAUUUUAACAUUUAAGUAUUAAAUAAACUGAUGGACGAUGAAU